UCGCAGGGAUUCUCUCGCAUCGCAUAUCGUAUUGUUGUGCUCCGCUAAAAAGGCGACGUGAUCGCGUUUUUCUCCAUUACAUCGUCAUAUUUUUCCGAAGCAGUGGGAAGAAUUUCUAAGUUUUUCCGGGAUAUACAACCAUAUUUCUCAGUUUUUUCAGUAGAUUCCGAAGCCGCAAGUGAAGGGUUGAUCAUUGCACGUGAUAUUGAAGUAGGCCGCAAAGUGUUUCUUGAGAACUAGCGAGGGUGAAAAAAGUAACAGCCUGUGGAUGCGCUUAUACGAGGACUCGCAGCGGCAGCAGACUCGGAAGGUCAGCACAGGUGAUUCGUACGAAAAUAUGAGCGACGAUGACAGGGAUAUCGAUAUCGACAGCGAUGAUGGGGAAGACUCCGAUACCACAAAGUCGCAGGCGCGGAACUCGGCUGGAGGCCAAUUUUAUUCACAGGCUGAAAAACGUGCUCACCACAAUGCGCUGGAACGAAAAAGACGCGAUCAUAUAAAGGAUAGUUUCACUUCCCUCCGUGACUCUGUUCCAUCGUUGCAAGGCGAAAAGGCUAGCCGUGCACAAAUAUUGAAGAAAGCAGCAGAGUAUAUACAGUUUAUGCGACGUAAGAAUAACUCUCAUCAGCAGGACAUAGAUGACCUGAAGAGACAAAAUACCCUUCUGGAAACACAAAUUCGUUCGCUAGAGCAAGCACGUGCCACCGGGAAUUUCGGUGACGGCAGCGAUCUCGGACUGGGCAUGAACGAUAGCUCACGCGAAUCGGACAGUUCCGACGUAGACGAUGGUGCGAGCAAUAAUGGCCUGGGCAGCGGAGGAAUCCAUCGGAAUAAAAAGAUGAAGACCAAUUCAAACUAUUGAACUGCAGUUUAUGGUCAGAACGGCUCUACGUUAGAGCUAAAAGACAUCAACGGAAGGAUGAGGGGUUAAGAUUUUACAAAGCAAGAGUGGCGAGGUGGACACUCACAAUGUGUGACCAUUUUAUUAUAUAUUUCAGCAUAAAAACAAAACACGAAACGACACGAAUCCUGAAAAGUUUAUCCUCCCGUAUUAUUGCAUAUACAUAUGUGUUAAUCUGUAAAUGAUGAAAUUAGUUAUAUGAAAUCAUUUGAAGAUAAUAGUGUACAAAAUAAAUUUUCUCUUCCGUUUUAUUUUACUUUUUUGUUCUCUUUCUUUUUUAUAUUUCUGCAUUGAAAUCCGUUCAAAUCAAAGUUAAGGGAGUUAAAAACAAUUGUCAGUGAAUUAGAAGGAGCAAACAGGAUAGUGUAAAAGUAAAAUUAUGGUGGAUUUGAAAUAUUA